UACGAUAACAAUACAGACUUAGUGCGUUUGCUAAUUCGAUGUUUUUGAACAGGUUUCCUCUGAAGCACCCAGAGCCGCUAAAGAAGUGGAUUACUUCCGUGAAGUGGAAAGAUUUUAAUCCUAUGUCUUGCAGUUUUCAUUGCGGAAACCUUUUCCGGCAAGAUGAUUACGUAGUGAGCCCUGCAACAUGGAAGAAACGUUUCAGACCCGAAGCAGUGCCAUCAGUUUUUGACUUUCCGGCACAUUUGAUGCCACCAAAUAAACAGCCACGACGACAUGUUGUUAGGAUUUUGAGUGACAACGAUGCUUCUCCAUUUGAGCGUUCUGUCCUGGAAUCCGUGCUCGAUUUGCCCACUGCAGAAGCUACUGAUUGCGUGGAGAAUGUUGUCAAUGAGAAUUCUUCUGUGGAAAGCAUGUCCCAUUUAUCCAAUGCAGAAGCUGCGAAUUGUGUCGAAAACAGUGCAGUUGGUUCUUAAGUAAUUGAUUGUGGUAUACAGUCGAAAGUAGAAAUGGAAGACAAGGCGACCGAAACUUGCAAUUUUUUCUCAGACAUUGUGCACGAAUUAAAACGUAAACUGAAGUGCGCCCG